GGUCCAAGAUCGUUCACUACAUUUAGCGGUGUAAUAGGCAAGGUAAGCAUUGGCGGGAACGCGAAGCGGCAUUUCAAAAACGCCGGUUGUCGGAAUCGGAAUCAUACGGAACUUCGGUCGUUAUUCUCAAUAUCGUAGUAAGACGCGAAAAGUUCGAAAUUUGAACAAGUGGCAGUAGAGUAAACAUGAAUGAAAUUGUAUUCUUAGAACCGUAAUGUUUUACUCCGUUGGACUGUGAAGUGCUUUAAUGCUGCAAACCAAUUAGUUUCUGACUUUUGUGGCUGCCGCGUGUAUUUUGCAAGUUGGAUUUAAUUUAAAGGUGAAAAGGAGACAGAAGACGGAUGAUACGAUGGCUCUUCGGAUAAUAUUGACACUUCUUUACAUCACAUCCAGCUUCGCAGCGGAAAUACCUAAAAAUGAUCGCAAUAUCUGCGACGUUGACUACAAUAACACAUUUAAAAUCCAGUGUCUUUGUGAUAAGGAUGACGAAAACCAUGUGAUACAAAGCGCAGAUUGCUAUGUAACCACCGACAACAUCUACCCCGAUGACCCAGCAUGGAAACAGUUCUCCAUUUUGAGAAACAUCACGAAACUAAGCCUAUCAAAUGCAAGAGGAAAAACAUUGAAAUAUAUCCCAACAAAAGGUUUGUUGAAAACCCACGCCCUGGCCAAGAUAGAUGUUAAAUAUAACAACAUACAAAAAAUUGAAAGUUAUGCAUUUGCUAAUUUGACAGAAUUAAAAGAAGUAUACAUAAAAGAUAAUAAGAUUGAGGUAUUGGAGGCCAAAUCCUUCGCUCAUCUCAAAAAGCUAUCAAAAAUUGUAUUAGACAAGAAUAACAUUGCUGAAAUCAACAGGGAUGUCUUUGUCGACCUGCCGAAUCUCAAAAAGUUAUAUCUGACAACUAACAUGAUUACUACGAUCCACGACAGAGCUUUUGUCAAUUUGAACAAUCUGAAACUAUUGGAGAUCGAUAACAAUUUGCUGUUCAGUUUGAACAAUGAAACGUUUUCUGGUCUAAGCAAUUUAGAAAUAUUGGACUUAAGUGGUAAUAGUUUGGAAGUUAUUGGAGAUAACACCUUUUUGCCUCUAAAAAAUCUACGAUCAUUGAAUUUAGAAGGAAACAAAAUUCAAAUGCUUGACGAUAAAGCUUUUAAUGGACUCGGAAAACUGCAUUCUCUUACAUUAGCCAAUAAUAAGUUGACUAGCAUGGACAGUGUCGCAAUUUUCGAAGCAUUGAAGGAACUAACGUCUUUGAGUCUACGAGAUAAUCAAUUACAAGAGCUAAAAGCUGAAGUCAUGGCGCCGAUUCUCAGCAACUUCUAUGGUGCAAACAGUUCUCUGGAUGUAGAAGGAAACAAUUUCCCCUGUGAUUGUCGAUUGGAGUGGUUCACAACUCUUCUGAACAAGACUCAAAACAAAAACCUGGUAAUUGCUUUAGAGAACCUCAAAUGUACUCCAGACGACAAAGUAACUCUGUUAUACGCCAAAGCAACGGAAAUCGAAAAAAGUCAAGCUUUUGAAGAAGAACCGAAUCAGAACGGCGAUUACGAGUACUAUGAUGACACACAGUUGAAUGGAAAACUUUUCUAUAUCGACUUAAGGAUAUUGAUGAAUUGUACUAAUGAUACAGCUAUGCAGCCAAUGAUUAAACCAACCAAAGAUUCUAGUCAGGAAAACAAACGUAUCGGAACUGAAUCCAAAGUAAAUACGAUCUUCAACAACGAACUGCUCGAUUCUCCCGCAAGGAAGGACACCGUUAUUGAAUCUAGAAAUAAGAUCGCUAAGCCUACAGAAGUUUCCGUCAAUAAACCGUAUACUACUAGUCGACUGGCUACUGUAUCAGCUAAGCCUAUAGCUGAGAAAAAAGCGUAUGACGAACGUGAGAUGCCAGCCGACGAAGCCAAGCCUGAUGCUUUAAGAGAUCAAACUCCUGAAUAUAUGCCAGGAAAUGCACCGCGAAACUUCGCUGGUGCUGCAUUUACUGUUGUCGUUGUAGUGUCUAGGUUAUUCUUUUAAUUUAAUAUAAGUGGUCUAGUAAGUAAUAAUAUUUAGCCUAUAUUAAUAUUUAAGCUCUCACAGUCAUUAAAAUAAAUAAAUAAAUAGAUGUAAAGGCUGGA